AAUGAUGUAAGAGAAUCAUGAUCACAUGUAUACGUGUCCCCGAAAGGAGUGCAUGGUAAAAAGCAUCUGCACACCCAACUCUCUCUCUCUCUCUCUUCGCAGCCUAAUCCACACCCGGAAACAAAGGGAAAAAAAAAUCUAGGAAAGAGGCUCUCAGUGGCCAGAUUUUCAGGUUCCGAACUGGUACGCACCCUCAAUUAUGUUUUCCUAGUUCAUAUGUGAUUUUUUCCUUUGUUAGGAGGGAAUCAGAUCAUGUUGUAGCAUACCCAGAUAAUUGUUUAAUUCUAUAUGUGAGUUUGAUGGUUAUUGAUGAUUUGGGGCUGGGUGUGUUAAUUGGAAGAAGAAGAAGAAGAAAGGUUAAAAAAAACCCAUAUUUCAAGAGAGGCUGAGAUGGGUUGCCUUAGAUCCAGGAAACCCAAGUUUUAUGAGUACAAGGGAUCACCUUUUUAGGGUAUUCCUGUGAUUAUCCGGGGUGGUUUCCUUUUUCCUAGGUUGUUUCCCCUGAACUGUUUGCCUUUUUCUUCUUGGUUUUUUAGAUAAAGAUCGGAUUUUGGUCAUUUUCAUGUGCGUGUUAUUUAGGGGUCGGUGGUCUGGAUAGGAUUGAUGAAUUCUGUGGCCAGUUGUGUGCCAGAACGAAAAGAAUUUGGUAAGCUUUAGAGUCUUUGAGACGCUCAAAGUGCUUGUGAAUGGUUGGAGUAUUUAAAAUAUGAAGAUUAGAUCCAUUGCUCCCCAACAGAUCUGAUAAUCCUGUUUUAUUCUGCACAUGUUAGCCCAUACCCAUAAUUAAGUUUGUCUUGGUGGUGUGAUUUGUGUUCUCAAUAUAACUGUAGCUGUAAAAAGUCUCGUGGUCAUUGAAUUCAUAUGAAAGAGGUACUUCUUGAUACAUUCAAACCUUGUCCCAAGUUGGUUUGUUGAAGGAGAUAGAUAUAGGGGAUGAAAAGUAACAAGUUAUGCGAGUGCGUAGAGAUUGAAAGGUAACUAGUACGCACACAGAGAGAGUUGAUGGAAGAGAUGUCUCAGGCAGUUUCCCUGACUGUUAGUUUAGGUAAUUCUAUGUGUGAUAGUUCUGGAGUGGCAACCCAUGUAGAAAUUACACGGCUCAAGCUGGUAACAGACACAACAAAUUUGUUGUCGGAUCCUUCUAAGGUGGUGUGUGCAGAGUCUGUUUCUAGUGGCUAUGGGUGUUGCAACGAUGCUAAGAGCGAAGUUAACAUGGUAACCAUGUCAGCACCAGAAGGCAAUAGUGAAGGGGGAGCUGACUUGUUGGGGAUGUUUCCCAAAAAUGGAAACAGUUCAAUUGCUAACGAUGCUGUUAUGCUGGAAAGUGAGGAAGAUGAAAUCUUGUCUGUUGCAGAUGGUACUAAUAGGAUUAUUAGUGGGGAGUUGUUAACUUUGGAUGUAGGGUCUGAAAUAAGCUUGCCAGAUAUUGCGGAUGGUCAUGCUCAGAUUGUUGCUAAGGCUAUUAUCUUGGUGGAAUCAAGUAUAGGGCAGGUGCCUUCUGGUGAACUCAUUGUGGCCGCUGUGAGCCCAGACUCAGAGAUAUCUAGUAAAUCUGAGUUAAAGGCCUCUACAGUGGUUUUCCAGUCACAUGUGGAGAAGAGUGUCAGUAAAGGAGGCGGCCGGAGUGUUUUUGAGCUGGACUGUAUUCCCCUUUGGGGUUCUGUAUCUAUUUGUGGAAAAAGACCAGAAAUGGAAGAUGCCAUUGCAGCUGUUCCUCGAUUUAUGAAAAUUCCAAUCAAAAUGCUUAUUGGAGAUCGUGUGAUAGAUGGAAUGAACCAGAGUUUGACCCACGUAACUAGUCAUUUUUUUGCUGUUUAUGAUGGCCACGGGGGCUCUCAGGUUGCAAACUAUUGUCGUGAGCGCAUCCAUUUGGCUUUGGCUGAGGUGAUUGGAGUCACUAAAGACAAUUUAAAUAAUGGAAGAAUGGAGGCAAAUCAGCAGCUGCAGUGGGAGAAAGCCUUCACUAGUUGCUUUCACAAGGUUGAUGAUGAGGUUGGAGGAAAUGUUGGUAGAAGCGAUAAUGAAAGCAAUGGGGAUGCUUCUGAGCCUGUUGCACCAGAAACUGUUGGGUCAACAGCUGUGGUUGCAUUAAUCUGUUCAUCCCAUAUUAUAGUUUCAAACUGUGGUGAUUCAAGAGCAGUCCUAUGUCGUGGCAAAGAAGCCAUGGCAUUAUCAAUUGAUCAUAAACCAAACAGAGAAGAUGAGUACGCAAGGAUUGAAGCAUCUGGAGGCAAGGUCAUCCAGUGGAAUGGUCACCGUGUUCUUGGAGUUCUUGCAAUGUCAAGGUCCAUUGGUGAUAGAUAUUUGAAACCAUGGAUUAUUCCAGAACCAGAAGUCAUGUUUCUUCCACGAGCAAGAGAUGAUGAAUGCCUUAUUCUAGCCAGCGAUGGGUUGUGGGAUGUGAUGUCGAAUGAGGAAGCUUGUGAAGUGGCUCGAAGGCGGAUUUUGCUUUGGCACAAAAAGAAUGGGGUUGCAUCUCUUGUGGAAAGAGGCACAGGAAUUGAUCCUGCAGCGCAAGCAGCAGCAGAUUACCUUUCAAUGCUUGCCCUCCAGAAGGGAAGCAAGGAUAACAUCUCUGUGAUUGUGGUGGACUUGAAAGCUCAAAGGAAGUUUAAGAGCAAGCCUUAGUAGAGAAGCUUCACCAUGGAUCCUGCCAAGUGUAUUCCCAAUGUAUUAGAGAGACUACAUCUUAAUAGAUAGCACGGUCCAUUCGUUUUUUUAUCUUAUGGGCUUAAUGUGUGUACAAGUAAAGAAAUUUGUAUGUACUAUAUAGCAACUAUUAUGGAAUGUCACAUCUAUGUCGUAGUA